AACAAGUGUGGAAGUCUACAAGAUAACGGUGGGACUUUUCUGAAAGCUAAAAUGCCGAAACGAGCUUGUCCGUUUUCGGAAACCUUCUCUUCCCAGUACAAAAUACACAUCGGACAGCAAGAAUUGAAUAAUUAUGGCGUGUUUGGGUACAAAUACAGGCAAGAAAUCCACGAAAAGACGAAGAACUUACUCUUCAACGGUGCCAAAGCUGUGAUGGGCAAAAUGUGGACUGGAAAGGAGACGUGCACCGACAUGCAGUCCACUGGACAAGCUGAGACACCUGCAUGCAGCCAGACACUGCUAAGAGGACAGACAUUGAUUGGACAUGAUGGUAGACUGACCAGAACAAACACUGCACAAGGUGUGGCAGUGGCUCCUACAGGCUGCUGUGUGUGUCAGAAGAACCAGGGCUCCAGGGCGCCAUGCUCCCAAUGUGACCGUCUCGCCUGUUCCUCCUGUACCCAACAAUGCUCCAGCUGCUCCAGCCUCUGCUGCUCUAUCUGCACCAUCAUAGAUUACAGCGGGCGAUAUGAUGAAAUACUGUGCUGCAGUUGCUCGACGUAAAGGAAGAGGAGUUUCUUUGAACAUAUUUAGUUGCCUCACAUGAGAUAUUACUAACACUGCAUUUUACACCUGUGAUUUUUUUUUAUGUGAUCUGAAUGUUUUCUUGUAUAUUUGUAUUGCAUUCCAAAAGUGAAAUAAACUUGGAACACUUUUGAUAGUU